AUGAAGCCUCGUUUUAAAAAUAUUAAUAAAAUUAGCAAUGAAAAGCUAAAGCGGAAGGUCUACUCCGAAGAUAAUUUGCAAAAAGCCCUUGUAGAAAUAACUAAGGACAUGAGUAAAAAACUGGCUGCAAAAACCUUUCAAGUUCCACGUUCAACCAUACAAUUCAGUCUAAAAAUUCCAGGGCAUGGCUCUAAACCAGGCCCUCCAACAAUUUUAAAUAACGAGGAAGAAGAGGCUUUAGUUAACUGGAUCAAAAUCAUUAGCCGGAAAGGCUUCCGUAAAAGAAAAGAAGAGUUAAUUAAGAUUCUUUUAAGAACGGAGAAAAAUGGUUUAAAUUAUUUUAAGCAGACAUCCUACAUUAACUUUCCGUACACCUGA